AUGGGAGACUCAGAGUUAGCAUCGUCUAACAGGACUACGCUGAUAUCACCUGGAAAAGACCCCGAACGGCGUAGUAAGAAAGACCAAAAAACGGCCAGUUCAACGAACAGCAGUAACGGUAUACCGAAGAAGCCUCGUAAGAAAAGGAAAACUUAUAGCUGUGAUGUGUGUCGAAAAUUCAAGACGAGAUGUGAUUUUGAACCGUUGGUAGGGAAAUGUCAUCGGUGUAACGUAUUAAAACUACAUUGUUCGUUAACAAGAGAACGAGAGGACGAGAUAAUAGCAGCUAUCGAAACAUCAUCUAAAUCUAGUUUGAUUUCUUCAAAUCAAAACUUAGACGUUCCUUUAACCUGUUCAACUUCGAACGAUUCGUUAGUAUCAAACCCUAUUACAGCCGCACUGAACAAUAGGCUCAACAAACUCGAAUCAAACUUGCAUACCUUGAAUAGCAAAAUAGACCUUAUUCUCAUGCUAGUCCAGGGAACAAACACUGCUAUGAGCAAUUCGAAUGGUAUUCAAUCUAAGGAGGUGAGUGAAAGUAUAUCGGACCGUGCGCUGAUUGAAGAUGAAGAGAGUUUCAACGAAGUUGGAGACAAUUUUAGCGACGAGGAACAGGAGUCUGAUUCGUCCAAUGAAGUCGAGAAGGAGUUCUCUGACUCAGGAAAACCUUUACAAUCGAUGUCACAAAGCUCAAGCAAGAAAUACUUGAACGGAAUUAAGCUACAAGAACCUCCAUUGAAAUUGAUCGACGAUAUUGAUGAAAGACUGUUUCCAACUAAAGCCGAGUCACAUGCUGAUAGGCUGGCUGAAACCCAGAGACCUUUUGUGAUCGCACGGGUUAACUUUUUGAAAUAUUUCAAACAGCAUGAGCAAAUGUGUCUCGAUCUUUCGCGUGAUUUCCUUGUCAAGUCUCAUUUUUGGAUAAUACCUGGUGGGAUCAAGGAAAUCAACUUGGAGUAUGUUGAAAAGCAUCUUUUUAUUACAAGUGUUUUUACAAUUAUCGCUAUGGGAUUCGAUGAAAAUAACAAAUACGAAACUGAGCAAGAAGUAAUGUACCCAUUAGUCGAGAGGUUCCUCACAAACACAUUAACCAUGUUUGAACAAUUAACUGAUCACGACAUAGAAGCAAUUCUCUAUUGCAGUAUGUUUAAUGUAUCAAGAAAGUCCAAGCGGCACAGACAGAUGAAAUUCAAUUCGUUGGUUUUGUGUAAUUUCGCCAUCAAUAGUCUGCUCAAUAUCAUUGAUUUUCACAAGAUAAAGGAAAGAAUUUUUGUUCAAGAGGAAUAUUCGGCUCUAGACUUAUACCAUUUGAGAAUUUUGAAUUCUCUAAGUGCCUGUCGUCUUCAAUAUUCUAUUGGUUAUGGUAGUUUCACAGUUCAAGACGAUAUGUUGAAAGAUUUCAAUAACUUGACCGCAAAAUUUCCCCAGGCAAAUUUUGGUGACGAUAUUAAAAUAAGUGAGAUAAAUCUCGGAGAAAUAGUCAACAAUAUUUUCUUGAAUUUCAAAUUGUAUUUCAAGAAAUUCACAGAAAGGUUUAAAUCCUCUCUGGGAUUACGCGAGACCAGAAGCGUUUCUUCAUCGAGAAAAAACUCCCUUGAUGCAGGAUCUAAAUCUCAGAUCGCCUACGAGUAUUUGGUUUUCCCUGAAUUGGAUUACUGGCUUAAAAAUUGGGACGAGUUACUGUCUAAAGAUGGUGGCGGUGUACUUCUCUUUGCUUAUAAUUUCUACAAUAUCAUGAUUUGUCGCAACUUUUUGACCGAGUUUCAUGAGGAGUAUCAUAACGACGUUUAUUAUUUCAAAUGCACUCUGAAAACUAUAAAGACAUACUGUUUUACUUUGAUUGACGGAUUUUUAAAGCUACCCCCCUCUCUUAUAAAAGGAGCGCCCGCAAUUACAUUGCAUCAGCUAGUUUAUGCAUGCCUGACAUUAUGUGACUUCCUUCAUUUUUUUAACUCGUCUGAAAGACAGCAGAUAUUAAAUCUUUGCACAAAGGUAUACUGGCAUUUGAACACCAUUGGUGAGAAAUUGAAUGAAGCAACCGAAAAUGUCGGUAAAAUUAUAAAGUCUUUGAUUGACACAAGUAAGAGAAAGAUUCAGUCGGGUAAUCAGGCCCUUUUAUCUAUGAGCUCUUCCAAGAUGAGCCAACCUACAACUCCAGGAGUUGUUUACAACGGACUAACACGAAGACCAUCAACUUCUCCACAAAGUGUUCUGUCUACGACAUCGCAAGGUAGUGGAACCAUUAAUGGUGCACCUGGAGGCUUUACUAUGCCUGAUGUUGAUCAAUUUAAUUCGUUCGAGGAUUUUUUCCAGGAUUUCUUUGACAAUUUGAAACCAACAACACAAAACAUAUUCUCGUCCAUAAACAGUACAACGCAAAAAUGA